AUGGCUUCUCUCAAUCUCUCGUCAAAUGGCCCCUCGAUAUCCAAAAGCUAUCAGACAGUGGUGAAUGCAUCACCUCCAUCUGGGAAUGAACGGUCUUCGACCUACGGUCAAUGGGCCGUCUUUUCGGUUUCUACCCCGCUUGUCAGUGCCUUUCAGCAAGACGGAGGCAAGGAGAGUGUCCUCAAGGUCCAGAGCACCGGAGAGGGUGAAUUGGCCGAUCUUAUCGACGAAUUUUCCGAGGGUCGCGUGCAAUUCGCCUUUGUGAAGGUGACUGAUCCCAAUACCCGUCUUCCCAAGAACGUACUGGUUGGGUGGUGUGGAGAAGGUGUACCGGAACGAACCAAGGGUUAUUUCACCAGCCAUCUAGCUACUGUUUCCAAAUUUCUGCAUGGAUAUCAUGUACAGAUUACAGCCCGAGCGGACGGGGAUUUGACUCCGGAGGGAAUGGUCCAGCGCGUGGCAGAUUCCUCCGGUUCCAAAUAUUCAGCGGGCGAGGCAUCUGUACCGAUUCCAGCCUCCCGACCUGCUGUGGCCAGCAAACCUGCCUUUACACCGACUCGAUCCGGCGGAAUUACCCCCAGUCCCGCAGCUCGGGUGCUUCCCACAUAUUCAAGAGCCGAUCUAGAGAAUGAUGGGUGGGGCGCAGAUGCCCCUCCAGUGACUCGCACUCAACUGGAAAACGUUCAACCUGCUUACCAACCCACGCGAGUGAACCUGCAAGAACUCAAGGCAAACCCGACAGCUACUCGUCAAUCUGCUGCUACAUUUGAUAAUGCUAGCGAUGUGGUUAGAGGUGGUUAUCAGCCGGUGGGUAAAGUCGAUAUUGCCGCAAUCCGUAAGCAAGCCGCCGAGUCCGGACAGCUGAGGGAUGAUCGUCCGGCAAUUGUCAAGGGUUCUUAUGAGCCUAUUGGAAAGGUUGACAUUGCUGCUAUUCGAGCUAGAGCACAGAAGCCAGACGGCGCCAGCGACCACGUCUCAUCAAAGCCUACGACCAAUCAGCAGCCAACAACGUUGCCCGAGAGACCGGUGAUCUCAAAUGCAUCGGAGCGCUUGACCAGCUUACCGAAACCCAAAAUUGCCAACAAGUUUGGCUCUACCCCGUCUUUCCCUGGAACUAAACCACCCCUCCCAGUCGGUCUUGAGCCCAAGGCGAGUGCAAGUGCACAGAUCGGAGCUGCAAGCCGAACUUUCGCUGAUGAGGGAGGCAAGACACCUGCUCAAAUUUGGGCAGAGCGCAAGGCUAAAGAGCGUGGAGUGACUUCGUCGUCUGGGGAUAUUGAGCGUACCCCUGCCACUGCUGCAAUCCAAAGCCAAAACAGUGGGCAGGGCGAGUGGAAAAGCUCCUAUGCUGGCAAGUCAUGGGCCCCCGUCCAGACUACUCAGGAGAAACCACACCUCCCCGAGCAGCCUGUUGAUGCAAAGGCCAAUGAAUCACAAGAGGAUGAGCCAAAGCCUCAUGUGAGUGAUAUUCGUGACCAGUUCUCGCAUGAAACGCCUGCGCCACUCGCUCCUCCUGCUCCCCCAGUCCCGCAGGCUAGUCGCCCAGUUCCUGUGCCCGGACUAUCCUCUGGAGACAUCGAGUCUGAGCCCGAGCAUGAUGCCCAGCAGGUUCUCCCCACUCCCCCACCGCAGCCUCGCUCCCCGACACCUCCCACCCCACCAGUGCGUGAGAGCUCUCCGAUCCAAAUUGCCAUGCCGGUUAGCCACAGCGUGGCCGAUGCCCACGAAGAGCAACAUUCUCCUGCCCCUGUUAUGCCUGUCCAGAGUCUACAAGAGGCCGUUCCCGAUGAAAGUGAUCUUGAAGAUAACUCUCACGACCUUGGUCGUGCUGCGGCUGAAACCACCGCUCAUGGACAGUCUGAGCAGCGCCACCCCGGACCGCGGGCUCAGAUCCAGUAUGAUUACGAGAAGGCUGAGGAUAAUGAGAUCGAAUUGCGAGAGGGAGAGUACGUGACUGACAUUGAGAUGGUGGAUCAAGAUUGGUGGGUGGGUGUCAAUAAUCAGGGUGAGCGUGGCCUCUUCCCAGCCAACUACGUGGAGGUUGUGGAAGACAAAGAACCCGUAUCCCACGCGCCACCGGCCAAUGACUCGCACCAGUUUGAAGCAGAGCCGGAAUCCGCUGCUCCUCUGGCCGCGCCUACUCCUACUGCUGUACCCGUGGCGGCGACGGCCGCUUCCCCGAUCCCCAAGGGUAUCACUGCCACGGCUUUGUAUGACUAUGAAGCUGCUGAAGACAAUGAGAUUGGCUUCCCUGAAGGCGUCAAAAUUUCCAAUGUAGAGUUCCCGGAUGAUGACUGGUGGCUUGGUGAGUACAAUGGCAAGCAGGGUCUAUUCCCUGCCAACUAUGUUCGUCUGGAUGAGUGA